CCGAACCCGCCCGAUUCUCACCCCUGCCUCAAGCACUCCCCGUCACAAAACACACUCUUUCCGCACAUUUUGAUCCCUUUCAAUUAUCAAAACCUGUUACUUCCCUCACAUUCUCCUCUUCACUCGACGAUCUUCUUACCUACUUAUCCUCUCUACAGGUCUUUGUUCAAGCGCAUCCAAGGAUAUCUCCGAAAAUCAGGAAAGGUAAAAAUAAGGGUCCUGAAAGUUCAUCCGUAAAUUUGUCUCUAGUGAUGGCGUCAUCUUCUUCUCAUUUGCGCCGUGUAGGCUGUUCACUGUUGGGUGGCCUUUUGAACAACUCUGCUGGGUUCAUGAGAGUAUCAAAUGAGAUUAUAUCCAAUGGUUUGUACACACAGCAACAAAGGACCUUUAUACAAAUGAGGACCAAGCUUAAAGUAGUUGACAAUUCAGGUGCAAAAAAAGUGAUGUGCAUACAGGCACUGAAGGGAAAGAAAGGGGCGCGAUUGGGUGACACCAUAGUUUGCUCAGUCAAGGAAGCUCAGGCUGGGGGUAAAGUGAAGAAAGGAGAAGUGCACUAUGGUGUGGUUGUUCGUGCCGCAAUGCCAAGAGGCCGAUGUGACGGGAGUGAGAUCAAGUUCGAUGAUAAUGCUGUGGUUCUUAUCAAUAAGCAUGGUGAGCCGAUAGGGACCCGAGUUUCCGGCCCGGUUCCACAUGAGCUUAGGAGGAAGAAGCACUUGAAGAUUCUAAGCCUUGCUGAGCAUAUUGCUUAACCUGAGGAGGUCAUGCGUUGUCUGCUCUUUCUGCCCACACACCCUUUUUGGCUCCAGUGUUUGUUUCAAUUUCCACAGGAUGGCUUUUUGUGUAUUUUUGGUUUUUGAAUUAAAAUGAUUCACAAUCAAACACAUUUUAUCAAUGACCGGGUUAUGCUAAACACAUUGUUUGUUGUGGUUUGAUUUGCAAGAUAACUAAGUAGAUAGUCUGUAAAAUUGCAUGAAAGGAUCAUACUACUAAUGCAUGAAAUUUUUAAAGAUGACUUUGAGUAUUGCAAAGUUGAGUCGGAUAUGGUCUGAAUCAAAAUGUGAACUACCAGUGCUGAGAAUCGGAAAAAGAACUGGAUCUACGUACAAAGGAUCUGGUUAAGGCUCUUAGCUUUUAGGGACCAGAAAUGAAAAAGCUUUAUAUAGAAGGUGGAAUUGGAAUCACAAUUGGGUAUACCUGGUCUGAUUUUGGGUACGAUUCUCAGAUUGCUACUGUUCUACUGAUCUCAUACACUACUCUCAUUAAAUCAGUGUAAGAAUCUAUUCAAUGCGGUCCUGUUUUGGAGGAGCUAAAAGCAGAUCGAAUUUGUACUAGUUCUGAUCUGAAAUUCUUUUUCUUGUUUAGUUUCCAGUCAAAUAACCUUAUGUCCAAUGAGACAAAGUACAAUGUACUCCUUGCACUUUCUUCUUUGAAUUGUAUUUAAAUAUACACGACACUUUCAAUUU